AUGGAUAGGGGUCAGAAUAAUAAAGAAGGUACUUUUGCUGAAGUUAUUGAUGUUCAUCUUGCUAUAGAUGAUAAAGUUAAUCUCCCUAAAGGAUAUGCUCAUAUCACAUUACCAAAUAAAGAGGCCGCUAAGGAUGCUAUAUAUCAUCUUGAUCAUGCUCAGAUAGAUGGCAAUAUUAUUAAUAUUCGAUUGGCACACAAGAGUAGUGGGGAUGAUAAAGACUUAUCUCCAGACAAUCAUGCGGUGGAUGGAGAUAUAAAGGAACACAGAGUAGAGGAGGAGGAGAAGGGGGAGAGG